UUGUUAUAUAUAAAAAACAUUGAAAACAAAAUUGAAACAAGGAGUGGCAAUGUAAAGGACGACGAUCAUUUCUUAAUUUAGUCAAAAUAAAAGUAAUACACAAAAUCACAAAUGAUUAUUUCUUGGAUUUUCUGUUAAAUGAAAUUAAUAAUCAAUUAAAAAUACAAGUGUUCGUGAGUCGUGACAGAUGAAGCGUUGAUUUUAAAAAAAGAGGAGGAUGGGCCAAACCGAGCUUAUAUAAGCAAAUGCCAUAUGCCCAUAUGCUUCAAUACUACAACCUAAACUACAACUUGCUAUUAACUAAUGCAUGCCCCAGCAAAAGCCAUGGAUUUCAGUUUCACGUUACUUUUCGUUCUGAUCUUAACCAUCGCCACCACCGCUGCUGCAUCUCCAAACAUUUACAUCCACAUGCUGAAGCCACACUACGGAUCCAACGGCCACAAGCAUUCCGACCUCAACUGCCUGAGCUGGCGGCUGGCAGUGGAGACCAACAACCUGCAGAAUUGGACCCAAGUUCCCCAAGCAUGCAAAGACUAUGUCGGUCAUUACAUGCUUGGAAAACAAUACCGUCGGGAUGUUGAUCUGGUCGCCGCCGAAGCCUAUAAGUAUGCCAAAGGCCUCAACCUCACCGGAGAUGGAAAUGACGUUUGGGUCUUCGACAUUGAUGAAACUACACUAUCUAAUCUCCCGUAUUACGCUCGUGACACAGUUGCUUUCGGGGCAAUGCCGUUGAACGAGACAGCGUUCAAUGCUUGGGUGGAGGAAGCAUCUUCAUUGGCAAUACCGGGGUCUCUUAAACUGUACAAACAGUUAAUAAAAUUAGGGUUCAAGAUUGUGUUUCUCACCGGAGUUGAGGAGAUUUACAGGGAAGCCCGUAUAAAAAAUCUGAAAGCAGUUGGUUAUACGACGUGGGAAAAGCUAAUACUAAGAGAAGCUGGGGAAGGUGGUGGAGUAGUGUACAAAUCGAAGAAAAGGAAAGAAUUGGAGGAAGAGGGUGGAUACAAGAUUCGUGGGAACAUGGGCGAUCAAUGGAGCGAUUUACUUGGAAGCAACGCCGGUGAUCGCACCUUUAAAGUUCCCGAUCCUAUGUACUACAUUGGUUAAGAAGCCAAUGUUUGAAGCCUCUAUCAACCAAACUCCGUUUUAAUAUUAAUAUGCUUAAUUUCCUAGGUUUCAAAUAAUUCUUUCGAAUAUGAAAAUUAUCAUAUUUCAUAUUCGAAGUUUCGUAGGUUUGUUGACGGAGAAGUUGAUAUUUGAAA